GUCCUUUACAAGUUGAAUAGGUUAUAGUAUAUCCUAGAUACAAUAUAUGUGUGCAGAACCGAACAGUUUUCUUGUUGCACAGGGAGAAUUGACUUCAGAAGGUAGAAAUAACCCGGGAAGAAAAACAAAAAUGCAAGCAGUUUAUAUUCAUUUCCCAAUGUUCUUUCUUUGGGUGUAGCUGCUUCUGUCCAUCUUUGAUCAAUUAAAGCUCUCUUUAUCGAAGAGAUCCACUUCCAUCAGAAUACAUCCUCAAACAGUAUCAUUGUUGAGGUAUAUAAUGAUCUCCUGGUUCUGCUCAUUUCACUUAGCAUCAGUUCAUGUAAGUCUCGCCAGUCCUCUCUGUAUUCAUCCUGCUAGUAAUUCCUUACAGAACAAUAAUAUUCCAUAACAUUCAUAUACCACAAUUUACUCAACCAUUCUCCAAUUGAUGGGCAUUCUUUCAUUUUCCAGCUUCUGGCCACUACAAACAGGGCUGCCACAAACAUUGUGGCACAUACAGGUCCCUUUCCCUUCUUUAGUAUCUCUUUGGGGUAUAAGCCCAGUAGAAACACUGCUGGAUCAAAGGGUAUGCACAGUUUGAUAACUUUUUGAGCAUAAUUCCAAAUUGCUCUCCAGAAUGGCUGGAUGUGUUCACAAUUCCACCAACAAUGUAUCAGUGUCCCUGUUUUCCCACAUCCCCUCCAACAUUCCACAUUAUCUUUCCCUGUCACUCUAGCCAAUCUGACAGGUGUGUAGUGGCAUCUCAGAAUUGUCUUAAUUUGCAUUUCUCUGAUUAAUAAUGAUUUGGAGCAUAUUUUCAUAUGUCUAUAAAUAGUUUCAAUUUCUUCAUCUGAGAAUUGUCUGUUCAUAUCCUUUGACCAUUUAUUGAAUGGAGAACAUAACAACGCCUCCCCCCAAAAAAACCAAACACUUCAAGAAAAAUAAAGUAAAAACAAAAAGGUAUACUUCAGUCUGCAUUCAGUCAUCAAUUCUUUCUCUGGAUAUGGACAGCAUUUUUCAUCCUAAAUCUUUCAGUGUUGUCUUGUAUCAUUGUAUCUCUGAGAAGAGCUAAGUUCUUCACAGCAGAUCAUUUCAUGCUAUUGUUGUUACUUUGUAUCCAGCAUGUGUUACUUUGUCUGAGCUCAGGGAAAUCUUUCCAGGUUUUUCUGAGAGCAUCCUGCUCAUCAUAUCUUACAACACAAUAAUAUUCCAUCACAAUCACAUACCACAAUUUGUUCAGCCAUUCCCCAAUUAAUGGGCAUCCCCCAAUUUCCAAUUCUUCAAAGUCAAUUUUGGCAGGCAAGAUUUUCUAUGACACCCAUUAGGAUCCCUGUAUAUUUCUUUUAAUCUUUUAUAUCUGUUCUAGUGUUUCUUGUCUCAAUGAAUCAUUUGCUCCAUUCUAUUUUUCACUCUUACUGCUGAAGUCCAAGCUAUUGUUGCUGUAAUUGUUUGGUUAUUUAGAUUUGGGUUUGUUUUUGGUCUUUGUUUUGUGGUAGGGAUACUAGGAUAUUCUGAGUUUACUUCAUUGCUUUUUCUUACUCCAUAGUUUUUUUUUCCUUUAUUGUAUAAGGAGUUUUCAUUGGUUUCCUCAUUUUUCCCACCUUUGUUCCUAGCCUGAGAGGUUCUGACCCUUCCAACUUUUGAGUGGAUUGCCAAGGCUCUCCUCAUGAUGGGGCUAUUUCUCACUACAGUUGUGGGUGGCUAUUUGGGUCCUUAUCUCCUCAGAGCCCUGGCUUUGGCAGGGUUCAGAAUUUACCCUCUGUCCCAUCUUUGGCAAUAUCCAAGCCCAAUAAGACCUCCUAGCUGAAGUAGGGGGAAGCAUCUUUGAUGCUUUGAUGAUAAUGGGAGCUAGCUUGCUGGCUAGACUUGGGAGCUGCUUUCAGCCCUCUUUCUCUUUAUAAAGUCCCUAACUAGAGCUGAGUUUCCCCAACUCUUGGGUCCCCACAUGCCCAUUAUACUUUGGCCUUUGGUCCCUUGACUCAUUCCUAAUUAGAACCUCCAUAGGUGUCCUUGUGUUGUUAUGGACUGGAUUCCUUGAUUUUCCUUGAAUCUCUUUCACCUGGUGUUCAUUUUCAGCUUUUCUGGAGGGGUGAUUCUUGGAAAGCUGAGCUUGUUUGGAAUCUUCCAUGGCUUGUCCCAGUGAGAAGGAGAGGAGGCACCUCAGAGACCAAAGGCAAGAGUCCCAGGGAGCAAUGACUGACCCCUAGACAGGGGAGCCCUUGACAACAGGAUCUCCUCCCCCAGAAAGCAAGUAUGUGAACCUUGGUCACCAGAGGGUGCUCUUGGUCUUUGUUUGAAUCAAGCUGUUGGCUUUGCAGUUGGUUUUCAUGGGUUUGUCUUCCUGUGUAUUUUUUGUCACUUCUGCUUUUUUUUUUCUGUGCUUGUUGGCUUCCUAUUUGUUGUUCCUUACAGCAUAGUCAUGUUCCAUGACCUGCCUAGAUUAGAAUUUGUUCAGCAGCUUUUGUCCCUGCAGAUAAUUCUGCCAUGACUGCUUUGGUUCCUCCAUCCCUCUCCUUUCUGUCACUGAUCUCCCAGAGGAUAUGCCCAGGAGUGAAUUUCCUGGGUCAGAGGAACUCUGAGACCUUUCCCAGCAGCACCUGGAUGGGCUGGUAGUGGGAUGGUCCUCCUGCAGAGCUGCUCAUCCUGAUUGAGGAUGAAGAUAAUAAUUAUCUAAAGAGUGCUUCCCAUGUGCCAGAUGUCAUGCUGAGCACUCUGGGAAGUGGGUCCUGUCCCAGAUGAGAACACUAGGACAAGCAGUGGGUAAGCUACUUCACAGCCAGAAAGUAUCAAUCUUCCUCACUUCAGGCCCUGCCCAGUAGUAUCCAAGGGAAUCAGAGGGGUGCAAGGCUGAUGUUGUUUUCAUUCUCUUUCUCUUCUUAAAGCUUAUGAACAUUUUUUCUUCUAAGAAAAGUUUUACUUCUUCAUUGGUGUGAAAUUACUCUGAAUUAUUUGAUGUAAAGUUUUUUUUUCCCCCAACAUAUUUUUUUUUUCAUUCUAGCUGCAUUUUUAUUCAUGUAAAGGGAUUUUAAAUUUAAAGGUAAUAUACUCAAAAUUGUCAAUUGGUCUGUGUGAAUUCUAAUCUGAGUUUACUUAUGAAUUUUUUGCUUCUUAGUUAUGGAAGGUAGGACCUUCUCUUUUCCUCAAUUUUUUUUUUUAAGAAAGAGAUGAGAUCUUUUAUUUCUUGAUUGUUUAAUCCCUUUAUAAUAUAUAGUAUUGUUAUUAAAACCUAUUCUUGGCCAAAAUGUUUUCUUAUUUUCUCAGCAAUUCCCUUUGAAUAAGACCUCUUCCCCCAGUGCUUUGUAGUAUUAGGUUUAUUGAAUAAUAUCUUACUAUACUCGUGUGAUUUGGCAUAUUCUACUGACAUAUUUUCCCCCACCAAUACAGUUACUCUUAAUCAGUGGUCCUCAAAGUGUAGUCCAAAAAAUUGUUGGGGUCUCUGAAACCCUUUCAGAGGGUCUACAAAUUCAAAAUUAUUUUUUUAUUUUUAAUAUAGUAAAUAGCUAUAAAUAUAACCCAUGUGAACAAAAAUUCUUUGAACAGAUCCUUGAUAGUUUUUUUAACAUGAAGAUACUGAGAACAAAAGUUUGAGACCCACUGUUCUUGAUGAUUACUAUUUUUAAUAUUUCUUCUGAGUCAGAAAUCUCAAUUACUCUUAUUUUCUGAAGCAAUUUCUUUUCAUCCCCAUCUCUCCUCAUUUUUAUCUCUGCCUUCCCUUCUUUCUCUUUUCCCUCCCUCCCUCUUCCUCUCCCUCCUUCCCUGCUUCCUUCCCUCCCUUUCUCUCUCUUUCUCUCUUUUCUCUCUCUCCCCUCUUUACUUCCCUCCUCCUCUUUUCUCCUUUCUAAUUCUUUCCUCAGACCUCCCUCUGUGUUCUCAGCAGGGGACCUCUUAGAUUUAGGCCAUUCACCACAUGCUAUCUCUUAUCUGCACAUCUCUCUGACAUUCUCCACCAUGAUUUCAUCCUUUAUUCCACUCACUUCCUAACCAAGGCUUGAUCCCAUCCUAUCCUGUCUUCUCCAGCAGAUUGCUUCAUUCUUCACUUCCCCUUACCCCUUCCUCAGUCUCUCCUUAUCUGCUAGUCACUCCUCCAUCCUCCAGCUGUUGGCCUGUAUCUCUCCUCCCUUUCUCAUCUUACAGAGCAAAGUUAUUUUCACUUCUCUCCCUCUCUUCUAAACCUUCCAGGAUCUGGCUUCCACAGAAAGUGUUCUCUCCAAAGUUCUCCUUCCACUGCUCUCUGCAGCUUUUGGCGUGUGUGUGUGUGUGUGUGUGUGUGUGUGUGUGUGUGUGUGUGGAGGGGUAGAGUGUGGAUCAUGUUGUCUUCUGGAUACUCUUUUCUUUGCUCUCUGAGUUUUCAGGCAAAUGUUCUUUCCUUUCUAAUCCUUCCAUUAUGGUUAACUAUCACAGGUCUUCAUCCACAGCUUUAACUUCAGGUAUCACUCCAGCCUCUAUCCUGGGCUCUCUUCUCUUUUUCUUUUUACUUUUGGUAACCAUUAGCUUCAACUCAAUGACCAUUUCUCUCAGAGCACUCUCAGCGCAUAUAUUCUUCUCAGGUGCACAUAUUUUUUCUCUUAGCUCUGGAUUUGUGGAUACCUGCUGACCAUUUAUGGGAGGAUAGCUUUUGGUUCCAUAAUUUGGGUCAACUAUCUGCACAAGAUCUCAAAGCUUUAUGCAAGUUCUCUUUUUAUAGCUUAAAAAUGAUUGAUAUAAAAUAAUUUGGGACAUGGCAAUGCUAGGCUCCCUAUAUCUCUACCUUUUUCAUUAAUUAUUCAAAAUCCUAAACAUAUUUAUAAUUAAGAACUUUUAAAUUUUUUAUGAGAAAUUUCUUUGGCCAUUGGGUUAAUAUGUAACAUGAAAUUUAUAGAUAAAUUCAUGGAGCAUUAUUUUUUAAAAUUUUAAUUUAAUUGUUAAGGUUAUAUGUGUACAUUCAUUUGUAAUAUGUUGGGGAAGAAAAAUCAGUACAAAGGGGAAAAACCACAAGAAAGAAAAAAGGAAAGGAAAUAAAAGUGAAAAUAAUAUGCUUCAGUCUACAUUCAAUCUCCAUGGUUCUCUCUCUGGAUGCCGAUGGCAUUUUCCAUUCAAAAUUUCUUUUGAAAUUUUUUUAGAUCAUGAAACUAAGUCUAUUAUAGUUGAUUUUCAUACAGUCUUGCUGCUGCUAUGUAUUUUGCUGUUGCUAUGUAUCCUGAUGUUGCUGUGUACAAUGUUUUCCUGGGUUUUUUCUUCUUCUAACUUAAUUUAUAUUUCAACAAAUUAUUUGCUGAUUUUAUUUCAUUAUUUUCAACACAUGUUGCACAUAAAAUAAUUUUUCUUAUGCUUACCUCAAGAAUAAUAACAGUUAAUAUUUAUGUAAUACUUAUUUUUUAUUAAAGCUUUUUAUUUUCAAAACAUACACAUGGAUAAUUUUUCCAACAUUGAUUUUUGCAUAGCCUUAUGUUCCAAAUUUUCCCUUCCUUCUCCCCACUCUCUCCCCUAGAUGGCAAGCAAUCCAAUAUAUGUUAUACAUAUGUUAAACUCAACAUAUGUAAACAUUUAUACAAUUAUCUUACUGUAUAAAAAAAUUCAGAUCAAAAAGGAAAGAAAAUGAGUAAGAUAUAUAAUAUUUAUGUCAGGCACUGUGCUAAGUGCUUUAGAAUUAUCACAUUUAUUCAACAUAAUCCUGGAAAGUUGAUAUUAUUUCCAUUUUACAGAUAAAUGACCACCUAUCAAGCAAUAAAUCAAUAAAAGUUCCUAACUCAUGCUACAUGCUUGUAUCACAAAAAUAAUAUAAAAACAGCCCCUGCCCUCCAAAACUCAAGUCUACUAGAGGCGAUAACAUGACCACUUAUAAUUAUAUACAAAAGAAACACAAGUUAUUGUGGAUGGAGAGGAAUUAGAAUGAGGAAAGGGGAAUCAGGAUCAGGAAAAUAUUAUGAUGUGCCCUUAGUUGCAUUGAAAGCAAUUUCAUUUUUUAAUUCAUUUUUAUUCACUCUUUUAUUAAUUAGACUGAAAAUGAAUUGUAAAUGGUGUAGAGGGCUGGAACUCUGAAAAGGUAUAUUUGAAUCUAAGACAGAAAAGCACUUAAAGCUAAUUACCUACUCAAGGUGUGAUAAUGGGUCUAUAAACAUAUGGUGAAGUGAUGGCUCUCCUCACUAUUAGGGCUUUCUGAAUGUGUUGUGAUGAAGUAAUCAGGGGCAAGGAUUGGAGGGCUGAGGGAAAGGGACAGAGCCUCUUUACCGUAGCACACUAAGGAGAGGACUUCAGGUUUAAGACUCUAGAGUCCAGGAUCCAUCUUUGAUGAGCCACGUGGCAGCUUGCCUGCCUCCUUCACUUCUCCUCCUAAAGACCUAAGGACUUUAAAGACUUUGAUCCUGAUUCUGACUGAUCCUGAGGUCCUCCAGAGAGCUAGCCCAGACAUUAUAAAAUGUUUUUUCCAUUUAGAGAUUUAAUUGUUUCCUGGUUCUUCUUGCUUCACUUAGAAAUGGUUCAUUUAAGUUUGAAAUCUGCCUAAUAACCAUUUUUGAUGAAGAUCUUGUCAAUCAGCUGAACCAUCCUUUAUUUCUAUAAAGAUUGUUUUAUCAUUAAUGAUUCACAAUUAGUACUUUUAUAGAAACCUUGAAUGUGAAAUGGGGAACCAAGGCCAAGGUAUCUUGGUACUAUGGCAUCAAGGGAGUUUGACUUAUUCUUGUGGAAACCAGUCCAGCCAUUUGGGAUCCCUACUGCAUUUUUUUAAGACAUUCUCUUGAUCCAGUUUGCAGCCUGUGUUCCCAAUCUUUUCUUGAAAAUCCUGAGGUCAGCCAUUCUCCCCCUCUGACAUAUAUUUGCCAUGUUUGGGAGAUUUUUUGUUGUUGUUGUUGGGUUUUUUUUUAAUCACUUUAAUUUGCCCCUUUCUAGGCCUAGUGACUCUUAUUCUUCAGAUGUUCUCUUUCUCCAUCAUCUUGGGCUUACUAGCUUUUCUCUGCACUCUUCUCUUUCUUCUUCCAGAGACAAUCAAACUUAAUACUCCAGAUUAAGUAAACACAAACUAGUGGAUGAAUUGCUCCAUUUGUCAAAAACUAUGGAGAAAACUGAAGAACAGUUUUCAAGGGAAUGGGCAAAGGCAUACAUUUUCAUCAAAUACCCCAGAAACUGUCAGUGAAGAUGCUGUUUAAAUAUUUGAGGUCCUAACAGAAAGAACAAAGAAAAAUAGAAGAGAAAAAUGGAAGAAAGAUGUGCCCUGAGUUGAAGAAGAAAUCACAAGCCAACAAAGAAGGGAGAUGACGCUAAGUGACAAAAUGGACAAUUUAAAUUCCAUAAAAUUCAAAAACUUUUUCAGGAAAAAAAAAUCUGAGUAAGCAAACUAAGACAAGAAACUCUUACUGAGGACAAAUCUUCACCUCAGAAUUGGGUGGUAAAAGUCUGGUAUCUAAAGUGUGUAGGAAUUUGACUGGAAUCAAUGGCCAAAAGCCCUUCUCCGAUGGUCAAGAGGCAUGAAGAAACAUUUUCCCUCUGGAGGUGACCCAACAAGAUUAAAAAAAAAAAAAUUUUGAUGACAUAAAAUCUUAGAAGUUAUUCACAAAGGAAACCAUUGGCUUCAGAUGAAGACAAAUACCUGUAGAUAUGUUUUUAAAACCUUCUCAUUAAAUGUCUCUCAAAGAAGCCUGCAAUCUGAGGUUAAAAAUGUAGUGGCAUUUGGCCCCCCAAAAUAGUCACAAAAUAUAUCUACAUUCACAUGUACAUCCAUACCCACACUCUCAAACCUACUUCUACCCACUCACCCAUAUAUUCAUAUAUAUUCACAUACAUUUGUAUACACACACACAUAUAUCACAUGCACUGCAUUCAUUUACUUAUGACCAAAGCCUAUCCCAAACCAACCACUGUUACAGGGCUUGAAUUAGCAUUUUUGAGAGCACAGAUACAACCACUAACAGCCAACAAGACAGCGAGGGGAGCCGUCUGAAUCGGGACUGCCCAUCGGGUCCACCAUAGGGACAGUGGUCGCCGCUGGAGGAACUAGGGGUAAACAGCGCUAAACCACUGUCGGGAGAAUCUGUGACUGCGUCCAACCAUUCAGAAAAACAGUUAGGAACAAGGCAACAAUAAUCACUUGGCUUUGAUCCAGUUAUCCCAUCACUGGACCUAAGUGACAAAGAAAUCAAUGACUAAACAAAACUGCCACAUACAAUAAUACUCCUAAUUGCACUUUUAUGAAAGCAAAAGGUAGCAAAACUCUGGAAACAGACUUUUGCUCCCACUGGGUGGGCAAUGGCUGAAAAAGUAAUUUCUAACUGUAAUGGAGUGUUAUUAUAAGAAAUGACAAAGGUGCGGAACUCAGAGGCAAAGGAACAUCGUCAUCAUUCUGGGGGUACCUUUUGCUACAAGGGCCAACAUCCUCCCCCCAUUAAGACCCCUCAGAAGAAUCCGGCCCCUUCUUUUUCUAUUGCCAAGCAUGGCGACGUGAGGGUUGGCAACAAAAUGAUGGGGCAGGUGUAGCCACCGGAUGAGGGCGGUUCCUCAGGGCAGAACCAAAGUCGGGGUUCAGUCAGGGGAAGAACUCACGGGCGUUCACGUUGGCAAAAGGUAGAUUUGAUUAGGGAAGAACUUCCAGGCAAAAUGAGGGGACACAAUGGAGCCGGGAAGGGCAAAAAUGAAAUCGAGCGGAGAGCGUAUGAAAAACAAGUUCCUCAGCGGAACUUAAAACUACCCAGUGAAAGGGAGCCCCCGUGCGGUCGCCCUGGCUCGGCCCCCUACAAGAGUCAGCUAAGGAGAAGUGGGGCCGGGAAGCACGGCGGAGUUAGGGGGAGGGGGAAGGGAAGCGUUCCCGGGGGCAGAUUUCCCUGGUUCCAGCUUCCUCGCCCACCCCCGGACCCUCCCACCCCGGGACUUUCAGAGCCCUUCCCUGGAGGCGCGCUUCCUUGCGGGGGCCCCCCAACUCUUCCCUUCCUUGCAGGGCGGGGGCCCCGUCGGGUCACCUCGUUCCCAGACAACAGAAUGUGGCUCCACAGGCCACGUGUCCGCCUCUGACCUUGCCCAGGGCGGGAAGCGUUUCCUUUCCUUUUCAGACGCUCCUUUAGAACCCCGCGGCCGGGGGGCACAGGGGAUAGAGGGCGGGGCUCGGAGCCGAGUUCAAAUCCUGCCUCAGACGCUGAUUGGCUGUGGCACUUAAGUGUUUGCCCCAGUUCCCGCACAUUUCCCUGGGGAUGGACUUGCCUUAUGCGGCACGCGGCUAGGUGGAGGCAGGGAGUUGGGAAAGUCCCCGGGGGGUCGCUGAGUCAAACUACAGGGCGGAAAAAUAGAGGCGAGACCCAGAAAGGGAAAGGGGCGGGGGAGGGCGUGGCGCAUGCGCACAACUGCGCAUUCGGGAGGGAUCCGCGAGCCUGUUUCCCAGAAGGCCGGGCGCUCCCGCACCUCCUCUCCUCUCCGGAGCGAUUGUCAUGGAAACGGCCAGAGGGGUGGGGUAAGGGAACGUGUCUUCUGACGCAACUUCCGUGUGGGGCUUGCUUCCUGGGUCGCAGUCCUCCAAGAAAGAGGCGGUGUCCGGGCCGCGGUCAGUUCUGAGGGGAGGCGGGGGUCAUUGUGGCCAGAGGGGUCACGGUGUGGCCCCUCCCUCUGCCGGACACCCCUUUCCCUUCUGCACCCCUGACCUCUGGCCCUUGCCCUCCCCCCUCCAAGGGCUUUCCCUCCCCUCCCCCAGUCACUCCCACCUUCCUAUUUCUUACCUUCCUUUCCUCCUUAUCCUCCCCUCUUCUCGGCCCCUCCCCCGCCGCUCAUCUUCAAACCUCUCCCUUCCCCUUUCCCCUCCUUCCCCUUUCUCUAUCCCCUCCCUCCUCCUCUUGCCCCUCCCCCUAUCUUUCCCACCCCUCCCUCCAUCUCUGGUUCCUCCCCCUUUCCUCCUCCCCCCGGCUCUGGGUCAGGGAGUCCCUGCCUUUCCCCUACCUGGCCUGGGCUCCUUGGAAGGAAAGGGGCAGCGGGGAAGAGCCUGGCGGGGAGGAGCUCCCUGGGGAGGAAGCUGCCUUGGCCAGCGCAGAUCUCGCCCCGCCCCGCCCCCACUUUCCCAGAGAGACCCCCGGCCACUGACCGCGACCUCCCAGGAUGCCAGCCAGAGCCCCAUGGUGUCGGGCCCCCCCCCCGGACUUGUACACACGCCCCUCCUGAGCCUUCCUGGCUCCCCAUUGCCCUCGGGCGCGGCCCCUCCCGGCGGAUGUUGCCCAUGGGCACAGCCCGGGCCAGCCCUGGCGCACCCCCACGGGGCACCUGAGCGCCCCGGCCCCGGAUGAGAACACUUGGCAGAGGGGGGGCAUGGAGGAGCGUGGAAGGAACUUGGUUCCACCUCCUGGACAAGGAAUUGAUCUGGGGAGGGGAGGGGUCUUUUUGUCUCCCUUUAUGAGCAAAUCCUUGUCUGGGAGGAUGGCCCCCUCCCCCCUCCCGGGCAGAGGGUGGUGGGGCCUCCAGGGAGAGUCUCACUGCCAAAAUGCCCAAAACUAGUCCAAUCGACCUUUCAAGUAGUUGUGGGAGUCCCGUGCCCAGCCCCAUUUUCUGGGAGCAGAGGAGCUCCCCAGCCUGCCGUGAUCUGGCUCCGGUGGGGGCUCACUCAGCCUGCAGGGGUUCUCUCCCCCUCCCCUGCAGGGCAGGGCUCCCCCAGGAAAGUUGCCCACUCCUGGCUUGUUUCUGCUGCCCAGCUCUCCCACGAGGAGGGGGAUGGGGCUCCCUGGGUUCUUGUGGGGGGGCUUCUCCCCUGCCCAGCUCUCCCAUGAGGAGGGGGAUGGGGCUCCCUGGGUUCUUGUGGGGGGGCUUCUCCCCUGCCCAGCUCUCCCACGAGGAGGGGGAUGGGGCUCCCUGGGUUCUUGUGGGGGGGCUUCUCCCCUGCCCAGCUCUCCCAUGAGGAGGGGCAUGGGGGGCUGUUGGCCUUCCACCCCCGCAGGCCCCCCCCCAUGACCCGAUCUCUUCCCCAGCCCUGCCCCUCCAGCCUCCCGAGGAGAAGUGAGCUCUGUGGACUCGGGAAUGGCCCCCGUGCUCCUGCCGGCCACGCUCUGCCAGGAGCCAGUGACCUUCCAGGAUGUGGCGGUGGUCUUCACGCAGGAGCAGUGGGCUUGCCUGGACCCUUCUCAAAAGGAGCUGUACCGGGAUGUGAUGCUGGAGACCUACCAAAACCUGCUGUGCCUGGGACUGGCCGGGUGUAAGCCCUGGAUGAUCCAUCAGCUGGAGCAAGGGGAGGCUCCUUGGAUGCCAGAGAGGAGAGUCCUGGACAGCAGCCAUCCAGAUUGGGAGACUAGGCCUGAAAACAAAGAGUCAACUGCAAAACUGGGCUUUUUGAUAGAACAGUUAGGCUCCAAGAAACUUGUAGGUGAUGUUCUCUGUCUCUGCAACUUAAAGGAAGACUGGGAAAUUGAUGACAGAUUAGGGAGACAUCAGAGUAUUGAGAUGAAUGAUUCUCAGCAAGAAAAAAUCACCCAAACAGAAAUUCUCAAUGAAGCAAGAAGCCCUACAUUCAGUCAAAAUAUCAGGAUAAAACCAAAUCUUUUUUCACAGUAUAAAAUGUCUCUAGGAAAGAACCUCUAUAAAUAUGCUUCACCCAGAAAAAGUUUUCUUCCACUUUCAGACCAAAAUAAAUAUAUCUAUUCAAAGAAGAUAUUUUCUCAGUAUAAUGAAUAUGGGAAAUCUUUUACUUCUCAAUCAGACUUUAUUGAUUCCCUUAGCUUAUAUCCUGGAGAGAAAAUUAAUGAGUAUAAAGAAUGUGGGAAAGACACAAACCUCAGCCUAUUUAUUACUUGCCAUCAGACAAUAGAUAUUGGAGAAAAAAAAUCUAAAUGCAGCAACUUUGAAGGGGCUUCCUCAAAAAGUGUGAAGUUUUUUGAACAUCAGAGAUCUCAUACUGGAGAUAAACCUUAUGAGUAUGAUGAAUGUAAGUCUGUCAAUCACAGCUCAUAUCUUAGUUAUCAUGAGAGAAUUUUCACUGAGAAGAAACCUUAUGAAUGCAAUGAUUGUGGAAAGGUUUUUUUUGAGAGUAGAAUGCUAACUCAUCAGAGAACUUGUAUUGGAGAGAUACCCUAUAAAUGUAAUGCAUGUGAAAAGGCUUUUCCCCAGAGCUCAGGAGUCACCCAUAUUCAGAUAAUUAAUAGUGUAGCGAAAUCUUACAAAUGUAAACACUGUUGGAAGACCUUUUGCCAGAAGGGACAACUUAUUGAACAUGAGAGAACCCAUAUUGGAGAGAAACCUUAUAAAUGUGAUCAGUGUGAAAAGACCUUUAGUCAGAGUACACGUCUUUCCCAACAUCAAAGAAUUCAUACUGGUGAGAAACCUUUUAAAUGUAAUCACUGUGGGAAGACUUUUUCUGCAAGACGAUCACUCACUCAGCAUCAAAGGAUUCAUACUGGCGAGAAACCUUAUAAAUGUGAUCAGUGUGAGAAGACCUUCCACCAGAGCACACAUCUUUCCCAACAUCAGAGAAUUCAUACUGGAGAGAAACCUUACAAAUGUAAUCAUUGUUGGAAAGCUUUUCGCCAGAGAGGGCAACUUACUGAACAUGAGAGAACCCAUACUGGAGAGAAACCUUAUAAAUGUGAUCAGUGUGAGAAGACCUUCCAUCGGAGCACACAUCUUUCCCAGCACCAAAGAAUUCAUACUGGUGAGAAACCUUUUGAAUGUAAUCACUGUGGGAAGACCUUUUCUGCAAGACAGUCACUUACUCAGCAUCAAAGGAUUCAUACUGGAGAGAAACCUUAUAAAUGUGAUCAAUGUGAAAAGACCUUCCACCAGAGCACACAUCUUUCCCAACAUCAGAGAAUUCAUACUGGAGAGAAACCUUACAAAUGUAAUUAUUGUUGGAAGGCCUAUCGCCAGAGAGGUCAACUUACGGAACAUGAGAGAAUCCAUACUGGAGAGAAACCUUAUAAAUGUGAUCAGUGUGAGAAGACCUUCCAUCGGAGCACACAUCUUUCCCAGCAUCAAAGAAUCCAUACUGGUGAGAAACCUUUUGAAUGUAAUUGCUGUGAGAAGACCUUUUCCACGAGGCAAUCACUUACUCAGCAUGAGAGGAUUCAUACUGGAGAGAGACCUUAUGAAUGUAAUGAAUGCAGAAAGACCUUCCAUGUGAAGAAGGAGCUUACCCAGCAUCAGAGAAUUCACACUGGAGAGAAACCUUAUAAAUGUUACCACUGUAGGAAGACCUUCCGCUUGAGUAUACAGCUUACCCAGCAUCAGAGAAUUCAUACUGGAGAUAAACCUUUUUAUUGCAAUCACUGUGGGAAGACCUUUCGGCUAAGCCCACAGUUUAUCCAACAUCAGAGAGUUCAUACUGGAGAGAAACCUUACAGAUGUAAUCAUUGUUGGAAGGCCUUUUCCCUUAGAGGGCAACUUACUGAACAUGAGAGAACCCAUACUGGAGAAAAACCUUAUAAAUGUGAUCAGUGUGAAAAGACAUUCCAUCGGAGUACACACUUUUCUCAGCAUCAGAGAAUUCAUACUGGUGAGAAACUUUUUGAAUGUCAUCAAUGUAGGAAGUCUUUCUUUUGGAAAACACAUCUUACUCGACACCAGAGAAUUCAUACUGGAGAAAAACCUUAUAAAUGUGAUCAGUGUGAGAAGACUUUUGACCAGAAAGGCAAUCUUACUCAACAUGAAAGAAUUCAUUUUGAACAGAAACCUUUUGAGUGUAAACAAUGUGGAAAGUCCUUUCUCAUCAACAGAAUCCUUGUCCAACAUCAGAGAAUUCAUACUGGAGAGAAACCUUAUAAAUAAAUGUGGGAAAGCCUUUAGACAAAGUGAGCAUCUUAUUAGGCACGAGAGUGUUUAUCAGCAUAAUCAAUAUAAGAAGGCCUUUGAAGAGAAUGUACAACUUACCCAGCAACAGCAGAACCUUCGUAUGGGAGAUGAGCUUUAUGAGAUGAAUCAAUGUUAAAAAAAAUUGUGUGUGUGUGUAAACUACUUAGCAUCAGACAGUUCAAACUGGAGAAAAAUCUUGUGAAAAAGGCUUCUUAUAAAGAAAUAACUGACAUGAGAAUCUUCAUAGAGAAAAAAAUUUUGUAAAUAUAUUCUGUAUUGGGUGUCCUUCAGUCUAAGUAUAGAGAUUACCCUGCAAUAGAUAGUAACCUUAGAUAUGUACUCAAUUGUGUUGAGGUUUUCAAUGUGAUAUCUCCAAUUUAUAUCAAAGAAUUCUUAUCUGUGAGAAACUUUAUGAAUAUAAUCAAUAUUAUGAGGCAUUCAGCCAUAGAGGCCUUCUAUCUGUACAUUAAUUAAUAUAUAUGGGUGUAAAACCUUAUGAACAUAAAGAGAUUGGGGAAGUCUGCUUUAGAGAGCUCCUUAUUCUAUACCAGAGACUGAAUGUUGGAAGGCCUUGCAAGUUAGGAUAUAGCUUACCUAACAUUAUGGAAUUCAUAGAGGAGAAAUUCUUUUGAAUAUGUUUUUAAUGUAAGGAAAUCUAAACACAUAGUGGUAUCCCAACAUCAGUGGUAUCAUUUUGGAUAGAAACCUUAUAAAUAGUUAAUGUGAAAUUCGAGUGAAAAAUAAUUUAAUUAAUGUAACUGAGUAUAACAUUAUAAAUAAAUGAAUGGAGGUGCUCUUGUUCCCUGAGUUGCCACACCAUGAAUGUCACAAUGGAGGAAUGUCAGGAAUAAGGAAAGAUCUUUUCCUAAAAUGCAAAACUUUCUUGUCUUCAAGAGUAUUCAUUUGAAAGAAACCUAAUGUAAAAAACGGUGAGCAGGCCUUCUUGAAAUUAGAAUAGUGUAACGAUAGAGACUUCUGAAGAGAAAUUUUAUAAAUGUGGAAAGUCUUCCCUCUGAUUGCAUUGCUAAAUAACUAAAGAAAAUGGCUUAAUUAUAUUUAAAAAAAAUAAUGCAAAAGGGUUUUCUUUCAAAACGGAGAUCUUGCCUGAAAUCAGUGCUUUUAUCCUAAAUGUUCUGUGAUUGUAAUGAAUUUGGGAAGGUGUUCCUUAUGUCAGCACAGUUUAUACAAUGUCAGAGAAUUCAUAUUGCAGAAAGAUUAUGAAUGGAAUAAGUGAUAGGCAUUCUACCAUGAUUUAAAUACUGUUUUUGUACAUCAAACAGUUCUUCCUCAAAAGAGAAAUGUGUUAAAUACAUCCAUUAGAAGUUUUUUUCUUUGUCAAAAAAAAAAACAUUAAGUAGAGUUAUUGCAUCAUAUAGAUGCAGAAUUUGUUUUUCUAGCUUGAAAAAACAGCUAUGAGCUUUAAAAAAAGUACAUGUGUUAACUGCAUAUUUAUACAAAGAUAUGCUUAAAUGUCAGUAUUUUACCAAAAAUAUGUGUUUCAUCUCCCAAUGAAUGAAUAAGCAUUUGUUAAAAGGUAAGUAUGUGCUGGAUCCUGUGCCUAAGUUCUGUGGAUACAAUUAGAAGUAACAACAUAGUUCCUGACCCCAAGGAUCUAUCAUAAUAGGACAAGACAACACAUUUUAUGAAGUAAUUACUCCAGACAAGUGUUUUGUUCUGGGCAGUCAGAAGUGAUGAAUGUAAUUGAUACAUGUCCUUUCUAGGAGAAUUAAUGACAAAAAUAGAUUUAUUGCACUGCAAAAGAACAGCAACAGUAGGUAAAGAGACAAAAGAUGGAGAAAGGAAGUGUGGAAGGGGAGAUGAUAACAAUGUUCCUGGAGGGGAAUGGGAUGGGAUGGUGUCAUAUAAAGGAGUUGACCUUGUUGAGGAGAAAUGUAACCAGAAUGGAUAAUGCUUUUUUUGACCUAAAAUUAAAUAUGCUCUAGCACAUAGCAUAUCACAAUCUGGCAAAUGUACUACAAUAUUAAAUUCAUAUCAGUAGCUUUUUGGCAGCAAAAACCUGGAGGCAAAAUGGUGUGUUGAGAAGUUGGUUCAUGAAUAUAAGGGAUUGUUUUUACUCUGUAAGAAACUAUUGAAUAUGAAAAAUAAAGUAUUAAAAAUAUUCUAUUAACUUACAAA